AAAUUUUUACCUGCCAUGCGUGCAAAGCCUGAUAAACCACAAGGCGAUUGCAAGGCUCGGCCUGGGUUUUUGUGCCUCGGAAAUGGGAUCAAUAUGGAGAACCACCAGAGCUCUUUGCUCACCUCACCAUAGCUCUAGGAUAGGACGUUUGAGAAUGUCCACCCAAGAGUUACUGAAAGUGGACAUAAUCAAUGAAAAGCAAGGCGUUGGCGAGAUCUGCAUGCAAAAGAGCCCGGUGAACAGCCUGGACCGGGCCAUGCUGGCUGGCCUGGUAGACAGCAUCUCUCGCCUUGAACGUGAUGGCUGCCGUGCCCUGCUCAUCACCUCGGGCGUGCGUGGUAUCUUUUCGGCCGGCCUCAACCUCCUGGACCUGUACGACCAGCAGAAGGAGGACCUGCUGCAGUACUGGGGCAUGGUGCAGGAGAUGUUCCUCCGGCUCUACGGCACCAGCAUGCUCACCGUCGCCUGCAUUACGGGGGCGGCGCCGGCGGCCGGCUGCCUCAUCUCGACGUCCUGCGACUACAGGCUGAUGCUGGACCAGCCGAAGACAGUGAUCGGGCUGAACGAGAGCCUCGUGGGCCUGCCCGUGCCCGACUGGAUGCGAAUGAACUUCUGCGACGUGGUGGGGCGGCGCCAGACCGACCUGGCGUUGCAGAUGGGGCUGCUGUUCCCUGCGCGCGACGCCCUGCGGAUUGGCCUCGUCGACCAGGUGGCUGACUCGCCGGAGCAGCUGCGCGAGGCGGCGCUGCAGCGGGUGGCACAGUUUCUCAAGGUGCCCGAUGAAGGCCGCGUGCCUUCGAAGCGGAUAUCGACAGAGCCGCUGCUUUCGUAUCUGUCCGGUAGACGGCAGAAGGACGCAGAACUGUUUGUGACCAGCUUGUCCCAGGAGAGUGUACAGGCCGUCAUGGGGAAGUACCUGGAGGCCCUGCGCAACAAGAAGGCCUGAUGCUCUGGGCGAAUGCAUGCAGUCGCUUGUCGCCUGGCAGGUCAUUUUCACCUGCAGUCGGAUAAGGAGG